AUGGUCGGGCAACGAGUAAAAAAGAGGAUUGUCAUUAUCGGAUUGCGACUCUUCGCUAUAUCUGCCCUGCUGUAUACGGCCACACGUAUCGUCAUAUUUGCACAGCUCUUCGGCAAAUUUAAAGACCAUUCCGGAAUUCGUUUGACACAAGAGGAGAUAUUCGAGGCGCAUAAUUUGUCUGAUAUACGCACCCCUGUGGUGCCGAAAAUCAUCCACCAAGUGUUCCAUAACUGGCAUGAUGCCACUGACAAACCCCUCCCCGCCAAGUGGGAGUCUACGCGACAAAGCUGCAUUGACUUGAACCCUGGUUGGGAAUACAAGCUGUGGACAUCUCAGGAUUCUCGAACGCUGAUCCAGCUCUAUUUCCCUUCUUUUCUCAGGACAUACGACGGCUACAAAUACCCCAUUCAAAGAGUGGACGUCGUUAAAUAUUUUGCAUUGCGCAAAUAUGGUGGAAUCUACAUUGAUCUAGACAAUGGAUGCUCGGCAAAUCUCGAGCCUCUUACUUAUUAUCCAGCUUUCACUAUCGACGGUGGGCAAGGCGCCUUGAGCAAUAACAUCGUCGGUGGACAGCCCCAUCACCCAUUCUUCGUCCUCCUCACAGACAAUCUUGGCCCUUGGAAUUGGAACUAUCUGCUACCCUACGUCACGGUAAUGUUUGCCAGUGGGCAGUGGUAUUUGACGGCCAUAUGGGAAAAGUAUCAUUCACUACUAAGAGAUGAUGGAUCGGUGGAGGGUUUCAAAGGUGAUUCGUGGGGGAUCUUGUAUCGGGUGCUGAACGACCUACGGCCAGGAGCUGAUCGCUUAAUCUUCUUUACGCAAGCAGUAGGGGAGUCUUGGGCAGAUUGGGAUUACCGGCUACUCAAGACUAUUGGAGACUACAUCUUAUUGGUUGUCUUGAGUGCCUGGUUAGCCGCGGGUGGGGUUAUUUGGUUCUAUAUACGAAGGAAGGCUCGACGAAGGCCCGAUUUUCAAUACGAGCCCAUGAUGGCUUGA